AUGGCCGCUAAUACCAACAACCAAGAACUCUCCAACCUACCAUACAUCCCACUCGAACCCUUCACAGGAACUGACCCAGCAGGAGGCGAUGCCCUCGUCGAAGACCUCAAUGUCUGGUACCAAGCCGGCGACAUCUCCUUCAUGAUCAUGUCCACAGCCUUCGUCUUGCUCAUGAUUCCUGGCGUUGGCUUCUUCUAUUCCGGUCUCGCACGCCGAAAGUCGGCACUCUCCCUCAUCUGGCUCUCUGUCAUGGCCGCGGCCGUGUCAACCUUUCAGUGGUUCUUUUGGGGCUACUCUCUCACCUUUUCACAUUCCGCUGGCCCCUUCAUUGGGGACCUCUCCAACUUUGGCUUCCGAAACGUCCUCGCCCAUCCCUCCGUUGCCUCGAGCCGCAUCCCCGAUUUGCUUUUUGCUGUUUACCAAGGCAUGUUCUCGGCUAUUACCAUCGCCCUGGCCACCGGAGCCGUAGCAGAGCGCGGGAGGAUGCUUCCAUGUGUUAUCUUCAUGUUUUUGUGGCUCACUGUUGUGUAUGAUGCCGUUGCUUGCUGGACUUGGAAUCCAUCGGGCUGGUCCAACAAGAUGGGUGGGUUGGACUUUGCAGGUGGGACACCGGUUCAUAUUGCAUCUGGAGCGGCCGCGUUGGCGUAUAGUAUGAUGCUUGGAAAGAGGAGGGGUCAUGGCACCCACGAGUUGAACUACCGGCCGCACAAUGUGACGCAUAUUGUCAUCGGAACAGUUUUCCUGUGGGUUGGGUGGUUUGGUUUCAAUGCUGGGUCUGCGCUGGCCGCGAACAUGAGGGCUAUUAUGGCGGCCGUGGUGACCAACUUGAGCGCUUGUGUGGGUGGGAUUACGUGGUGUGUGUUGGAUUACAGGCUGGAGAGGAAGUGGUCGACGGUUGGAUUUUGCUCGGGGGUUGUGGCUGGGUUGGUGGCUAUUACGCCUGGUUCUGGUUACGUCCCAGUCUGGGCCGCCGUACCAUGCGGCAUCAUGGGCGCCUCUUUUGCCAACUACGCCACCAAGCUCAAGUUCCUUCUCCGCAUUGACGACGCUCUCGAUAUCUUUGCUGUUCACGGCAUCGGUGGUCUCGUCGGCAACAUUUGCACCGCUUUCUUCGCUACCAACACCAUCACCCGCCUCGACGGUGUCUCCUCUAUCAAGGGUGGCUGGCUCGAUCACAAUUGGAUCCAGCUCCCUAUUCAGCUUGCCGACUCUUUUGCCGGCGGUGCCUAUUCUUUCGUUUUGACCUGUGCUAUCCUCUUCAUUCUUAACCUCAUCCCUGGGCUCCAUCUCCGCGCAAGUGAAGAGAGCGAGAUCCUCGGUAUUGAUGACGCCGAAAUCGGCGAGUUUGCCUACGACUAUGUUGAGCUGACCAGAGAAGUCCUCAAUGACGUCGAGGGUGACAACAUGAGCUCUUACAGCGCUGAGCAGCCUAUUCACCAAGGGCAAGGACGAUAUGGUGUGGCUAUCUCGAGCGGGAUGCCGAGGGAGAAGAUUGUGAACAUGAGCAUGCCGUUGACGAACCACAGGAUGUAUGGACAAGGGUCGGCUGAUCAUGCUCAAUAG